AUGGAAGACGAGACAAAAAAAUCUAUUCACGAAGCAGUUUGUUCUGGGGAAGUUGUACAAGUUCAUAUAAUAUUACGAGAGGAUCCGUCUUCCGUGAAUGAUCAUAAUCAAAACUUUGCAAACCCGCUACAAUUGGGCUAUGUUCACGUUGAUACAGCUAUUCCUACACCAGCUGACGACAGAUUGCCAAUAUUACAGCUGCUCAUCGAUUAUGGAGCAGAUGUGAAUAAGCGAGGAAUAGGGGCUUGGUAUGGAUCGCCACUACACUUGGCAGUUAGAAAAAACCAGAUUAAUGGGGUGAAGGUUCUUCUUAAACACAAAGCUGAUCCAAAUCUUUUAGAUGUAGAACAUCAUACUGCUUUGGGCAACGCAGUGUUGUGUGGUCGAGAUUCCGAGUUUAUAAAGCUACUCCUGGAUUACAAUGCCAAUCCCAACAUUGUAAUUUAUGGUGCAAAGUGUGCUGUCGUUUACAAAUCUUUGUUCCAAUCAUGUAAGUCAGGUCAGCAGGAGCUCAUUGACUUUGUACUGAGGCACGCAAGCGAAAUGGAUUCUCAUAGGCACUUUUCGUUUAAAGCUUUGAUAUCUUACACGAUGACCGAGCCGCAUCAUUUUAAAAAAGGAAUAUGCACUAUCCUGAAGUUACUGCACAAGCAGGGUAUUAACAUUAAUGAUGAUUCGGGUGACUCGGACCUGCAUGUAGCUGUGUGCCAAAAAGAUGAAACAAAGAUUAAUAAUCUAUUAGAAAAAGGAGAAUAUGUCAAUGUACAAAAUUUUUUUGGAGACACACCCUUACAUUUAUGA